AUGUUUAAUAUUGUUUUUACUCCAAUUGCUUGUCGCACAUCAACUGGUCCUUGUGAACCAACAUCUGACUUUUACAAUUUUCGACAAGAACCUGAUGGUGAAGAAUCUGAAAUGGAGUUAAUGGGUGCCACAUCUUUAGUUCAAACCCCCAUAAACUUUACACCACAUUCCACACCACCACCACAAGCUGUUAAAGUACCCUCAUGGGUACAAGCGCCACAUCGUCUAACGGUCACUUUCAACGAACGUGCCGAAACACAAAUACAAACAUUAAACGUACAUAAACAAUGUAUCAUUGACAUACUAGAGGCCGAUCCACGUUCAGUUUAUUUACGUACCAAAUAUAAUUCACAAAUUUUUACAUUUCAAUUAAGCGAAGUAACUGUUACAUGUAAAUUCGAUGAUAAAAACUCGACCGUAACUGUUUUACAAAUACGACCAACUGAACAUUUGCAAGAUGCCAACAAUGACAUGCUAUCGCCACAUUCGUGCGGUGAAGGUAAUGAAUAG